AUGGAAGCAAAGUCUAGAUGCUAUAGAGUGCCUUGGAGUCUCAUCUUGUUACCUUUUGUAACAAGCCUCUUUGCCAGAUCAUGGGGUACAGUUGGCAGGACAAUGUGUCCAACUGACGGCUACACUAGUGGAAGGCCUAGUGCACUUGAUACAGAAGGUGCAUACAACAACAGCCAAACAAGGGACACGACUACGCAGGGUGUGGUGAGAAGACACCCGAGAGGUGGAGGAGGAGGUGGUGGGGGUGGGGGUGGCGAUGCCAGUGCUCGGGGGGACUCGGAGGGGAGAGAGAGCCAUGUCUCCGCUAGUACAAGAGGAAAUGUGCAGGACGCAAGACGGAUGAUGCAGCCCCAAGGGGAGUGGGAAGAGAUAGAAGAGGAGGAAGAGGAAUUGAAGUACGGAGCACAGCAUGUCAUCAAGUUGUUCAUCCCAGUGUCCUUGUGCAUGCUGGUAGUUGUGGCCACGGUAUCUUCAGUCAGAUUUUACACCCAGAAGGGAAUAUAUCUACUUUACACCCCAUUCCACGAAACGUCGCCCAGCUUUGGAGAUCGGUUCUUUGAUGCUGUGAGAAAUUCACUGAUUCUCUUGGGUGUUGUUGUGGUCUUAACAGUCCUGCUCAUCAUUUUAUACAAGAAAAGAUGCUACAAGAUUAUCCACGGUUGGCUCCUCAUGUCCUCUCUCUUGCUGCUCUUCUUCUUCACCAUCAUGUAUAUGCAAGAGCUGCUGCGAGGUUACAACAUUGGACUGGACUGGAUCACAGUGUCAAUAUGCGUGUGGAACUUUGGUGUGAUGGGCAUGGUGAGCAUCCACUGGUAUGGCCCCCUCCCUCUUCAGCAAGCCUACCUCAUCUUCAUUGCCUCUCUCAUGUCGCUCAUGUUCAUCAAGUACUUGCCCGAGUACACCUUGUGGAUGGUACUGGCUGUAAUAUCCCUGUGGGAUUUGGUUGCUGUUCUCUGUCCAAAAGGUCCCUUGAGGAUAUUAGUUGAGACUGCGCAGGAGAGAAACGAACCUAUUUUCCCAGCUCUCAUUUAUUCCUCAAACUUCAUGUACAGCACCCUAGGUAUGGCAAAUCCAGAUGACGACUCGAGACCACAGGGGAGAGAGGCGGCUCAGGAAGGCACAGGCAAUGGCGGAGCAGCUGCAUCAGGGGCCGAGGGAACGCAGAGGCCCAGGGACAACCCCCAGAGGAGAAGAAAUGCCGAAAACGGUCACGUGGUCACCGAUGACGCCGGAUUCACAGAGGACUGGAGAGGACAAUUGGACGAGAGAACGAGGCAGCGACGGGAACAGGUCAACAACUAUGCUCAGCAAAACCCUUCAAAUGUUGAUUACCCGCAAGCGCAUCCACGCGAUCUUACUGCCGAAGAAGAUGACGAGAGAGGUGUCAAGCUUGGCCUCGGAGACUUCAUCUUUUACUCUGUGCUGGUGGGUAAGGCCUCGUCCUACGGGGACUGGAAUACCACACUGGCCUGCUUCAUUGCCAUCUUGAUUGGACUUUGUCUCACACUCAUCAUGUUAGCCAUCUUCAAGAAAGCACUUCCGGCUCUCCCCAUCUCGAUUACCUUUGGAUUAAUCUUCUACUUCUCGACUUCCUUGUUGGUGGUUCCAUUCACAGAGAAACUAGCAAGUCAACAAGUAUAUAUAUAGUACAAGCCAAAGUAAUUAAGUGCAAAGCAGAUUACUAGUUCAUUUAUCUUUACAAUUCUUGUUAGAUACAGAGGGCAUCUGGGGAAGGUGUGAGUGAUUGGUUCAGGAACAUAAAUGUGAAUGGUAGGUGGGGGAAAAAGAAAAUGGUUUUCUGUAAUUUAAUUUACUUUCAGCGUGAGUGUGAUGAAUAGUUGGAAGGAAAACCCUCAUUAUUGGAUUUUUAUUAAUGUUCCCUUUGUAUCAUUAUUCUUAACUUAGAGAAAAUAGAUUAUUGUUUCUGGUGAUAAGGAGGCAGUGAUGGUUUGGAGAAAAAGCUACUCCAAAAAGGUCUCAAAGGAUAGGUAUGUAAUGUAAUUACUGCUAUGUCAGUUUGUACAGAAUUGAUGAAACUUAGAGUCAUAGAAAUUGUAAAGAUACUGUGAAGGUGUGAAUAAGGAAAUUAGUAACACAUUCAAAUGAACUUCAAAUGGCUGUAUUCUCCGGGUUUUUGGAAGAUUUUGCUCUAGUUUCAAAAUGUUAGACUAUAUAUAUAUGCAGGUCAUUGCCUGGUAUGUAUGACAUUUCUUUGAUAUAUCCUUGUUUUACAUUCCCAAUACUUCUCUAUUGAGAUACUUUAAGAUUUUCUUUUUCUGACAUGGAAUUGGAGGUACAGUCAUUAUGUGUAUGUUAUGCAAUAGGUAAAUAUAAUUUUUCAUAGACAACCUUGCUAGGGUAAGAAGAUAUAAAGGUAAAUUUUGUGCACCGUGCUAAGUUUGGAAUUGAAAAUUACAUUAUGCAUAUGGUUAAGCAGAUUUCCAUGUUCUCUCUCAUUUUUUAAAUGAGCUGCAGAAUAUGCUUAACUGAACAGAUCCUUAGAAAAGCUCUGUUUCAUGCUUGCUGUACAUCUGAUAGCUUUUGGAAGAAGAGAGAUACAUACUGCCACAAGAACUUAACAACAUUGCCAAAAAACAAAAAAAAAACAAUAACAGUUAUUUAUUCAUUUUACAGCACAUAUUAAGCUUUAAUUCUUCACAUGUAUAAUUUCUCAAGUCUUUCGAAGGCUUUUCAUCCUAUUACUUGUGUACUAAUUUUUAAGUGUGUAGAUAUUUUCGUGUCAGGUUGGAUGGUUGCUGACUCGGUCGGUGCUCUCCCCUUUGUCAUCUUUAUCAGUGAUGCUUCGUUGCUUUGUCUAUUAAGGUCUUAACACAUACCUGCACUUAAUGCCACCUGCUUUUCAGGGAUUGCCAUUAUCAGUUUUUACAAAGUGUACAUAAAGUAUCAAAAGUCUUUUUGUGGAAAUGUACAAGAAGUUUUAAAAAUUCCUCCUUUAGAAUGUAUGUAUGGCUCUAUCCUGUAUGGUUUCAUAGACCUGUGAAAUGAGAAUAUUAGAUAGUUAAUGUAAGUUAAGAAGGACAUAAUACAUUUUGUUAAUCAGAACAGCAACAUAAUAUCCCACACGAUUUUUGUGUGCGUUUCAGUACGAAGAGAUUUAAAAAGUGUGCAACACUUGAGUUGCACUGAGCUAUGAUCAGUGAAAAAGGAGGUAAAAAAUAUAGAGAUUUUUGUGAGUGUUUACAUUCCAGAGGUAUUUCUUAGGAGUGAGAGUAAUAGACAAUUGUGUAACUGUCUUAUGAAUAAAGAUGAAUAAUAUUUU